AGCUUGUCAUUUAGUUCUAAUAAGUUUUGUCACUAGGGACCUAUAUCUCAAGGCCCCAAAAAAAAAUUAAUAGAUCAAGCAUGAAGCAAAAAACAUUUCUCUGCACAACUCUCUCUCUCAUCGUCUUCCUCACACAGCACUUUCUCUCUCACGCAGUACGGUGCCACCCAGAGGACAAAAAAGUGCUCCUCCAAAUCAAACAAUCCUUCAACAACCCCUACCACCUCGCCUCGUGGGAUCCCGCCACCGACUGCUGCUACUGGUACGUGGUGGAGUGCGACCGGAAAACCAACCGGAUCAACGAGCUCCACCUCUUCGCCGCCAACGUCUCCGGCCAUAUCCCUGCCGCCAUCGCCGGACUCACCUACCUCGAAACCCUAACCCUCCACAAAAUCACCGACCUCACCGGCGCGAUUCCUCCGGCGCUCACCAAACUCACUAAUCUGAAAAGGCUGACCAUCAGCUGGACCAACAUCUCCGGCGAGAUCCCGCCGUUCCUCAGCCAGCUCAAAAACCUAACGUUUCUCGAUCUGUCGUUCAACAACCUCAGCGGCGGAAUACCUCCGUCUCUGUCGCAGCUCCGGAGCCUCUACGGGCUGAGAUUGGACCGGAACAAACUCACGGGUCCCAUACCCGAUUCGUUUGGGGAUUUGAGCCCGAGUUUGCAGUACCUGCACCUGUCGCACAACCAGAUCUCGGGUCGGGUCCCCACCAAUUGGGGCGGGUUGAACUUCACUUGGAUCGAGCUGCAGCGGAAUCGGAUCGAAGGAGAUGUAUCGGUGUUGUUUGGGAAGAAUAAAACCGUACAGGUUGUCGAUUUCUCUAGGAAUUUGUUGGAUUUCGAUAUUUCGGAGGCUGUGAUUGGAUUUCCGGAGAGUUUGAGGGUUUUGGAUUUGAGCCAUAAUAGGAUAACGGGAAGUUUGCCGGAGGGGUUAACGGAGUUGGAGAAUCUGUAUAUGAAUGUGAGCUAUAACAGACUGUGUGGACGGAUUCCGUUCGGCGGGAGGCUGCAGUUACUGGAUUUCACUUCCUAUCUUCAUAAUCGAUGCUUGUGUGGUGCACCCUUGCCUAAUGAUUGCAAAUGAUUUUUUUUUUUCGGAUAAAUUACGGCCUCCGAGAUAAUGUCAAAUUACAAAAAAUCACUCAUGUUUUGGUAAUUACAAUCAUCCUUAAUAUGAAUCGUCUUACAAGUCCAUUAUCGCGACGUCAAAUUUAGUGGAAUCUUUUAUAUUAUGUGAAAUAUUUUCCAGUUUGUACUCA